AUGACAGUUUUUUCAAAACCUAUUGAUUCUUCUCGACGAUCCAAAGCUUUAACUUCUUUCGCGAUUAUAUCUUUCGCCAUUUGUUUAAUGGUUGCAAGAUAUGGUUAUAAGAAAAAAGUAGAAAAUAAUAAAAGUCCAAUACCUGGAAGUAAUAAGUACAUUUUAAAAGUACCUUACAAAAAUCGGUUGGCUACCGUAACCUUACGUCCAACACCGAUAGAAAGAUUUGAAUUUCUUAAAGGAAUAGCUUAUUGGUUCGCUAUUGCCGUUCCUGCAACCUAUACCAAUAGCAUGAUUCGAUUUCUACAAUCAAAAUUAUCAAUUGCAUUUAGAACGCGAUUAACACGAUAUGUUCAUGAUCUUUAUUUAAAUGAUCAAAAUGCCUAUUAUAAAGUUUCUAAUCUUGAUAAUAGACUUGAAGGAGUUGAUCAGUUAACACGUUUUUGUGAUGGUCUUUCAUCAUUAUAUUCAAAUUUAGGAAAACCUGUAUUAGAUACGAUCAUUUUUAAUUAUCAAUUAGCCAAGAGUGUGGGAACCACCAAUAUGUUAGUGUUAUUUAGUAAUUAUUUAUUAUCCGUCUGGGUCUUACGUAAGGUGACACCGGCGUUUGGUAAACUUGCCGCUGAGGAAGCCAAAUUGGAAGGUGAUUUUCGAGGGGUUCACACGAGGUUAAUCACGAAUGCUGAAGAAAUCGCAUUUUAUCAUGGAUCCGAAUUAGAACGAUCAAUUUUAAAUCGAACUUACACCCGUUUGAUUAAACAUAUUAAUGGAAUUUUAAAAGUUCGAAUCUUUUAUAACAUGUUUGAAGAUUUUAUCAUCAAAUAUUGUUGGAGUGCAUUGGGAUUAAUCACCAGUGCUGUACCAGUAUUCUUUCCGGAUUGGGGAGGUCGAGGUGGAAGAUUGGAAAUUCAAGGAAAUGGUAUUGAAAUCACGAAAUCUAUUGGCAGUGGUGGUCUUGGUGUUAAAGAAAGGGAUCAUGCGGGAGGACGUAUGAUGUAUUCUUAUAAAGAACUUGCAGAACUUGCGGGAGAUUUACGAGGAGAAGUGAUUUUAGGAUAUGAUGGUAUCAAAUUUGAAAAUGCUCCUGUCAUAGCAUUUAAUCCUGGAAAUAAAAGAGGAGGAGAAGUAUUGAUAAAGGAUUUAAAUGUUACAAUAAAUCCUGGUGAACAUUUAUUAAUAACUGGACCUAACGGAGUAGGAAAAACAAGCAUUUUAAGAGUGAUAGCUCAAUUAUGGCCUUUAUACCGAGGUCGACUUUCUAGACCUAAUGCAGGAGACAUUCAUUACAUUCCUCAACGAUCCUAUCUUGUUAUAGGAACACUUCAUGAAGAAUUAUUAGAAAUUCUUCAUAGAGUUCAAUUAGCUUAUAUACCUGAACGCGUAGGUGGAUGGGAAACAAAGAAGGAAUGGAAAGAUGUAUUUUCUGGUACUAGCGCAGUUAGUAAUGAUGUAGAAGGAUUAAUGUAUCAACAUACAAAGGAUAUUGGUAUAAAAGAACGAAUGACAGUGGAUAAAGAAAUAUCGGUACUAGAAGCUAAAUUAAAAGAUAUCAAAUCAAUUAAAAACAGAGUGGCCGAAAUCAAUAAAGAAUUACAUUUAGGAAUCGAAGGUCUAAACCAUUUUUCAAGAUUCCUUGGACCUCGAGCUAUUGUAAUUUCACCCGAAAUAUCUCUACUAAAUCCUGUUCCUAAUCCACAUAAUGAUAUUAAAUAA